GGCGGCGGCCGGCCGGGCGGGACUGGCGGGAGGGGUCGAUAAGAGAAAUCGAACCGGGCGUGCUACGUCGAUGCGUGAAAGUGAAGGUAUGCUACCUGCGGGAGAGGCCGAGCGAACCCGAUGAAUACCUGUUGCCUCUUACUUGGACGCUCGUUCCUUCCCUCGCUCCUGUCGGUGUGACGUGGGCAACCGUCGAAUGUCGAUAGCGAGGAGUUUAUCGGCAACACAAGUGUCAAAUCGUCUACGAGUAUGGAGCGCCUCAGGAAGAAGCUGUGCGAGUACAAUCAGCAUCAUCUACUCCGAUUUUGGGAGGAGCUGACGGACGAGGACAGAAGCCAGCUGGAGAAUGAUAUAGACGAGCUUGGCGACCUGCGGGAGAUUACAAGCUACUUUGAGAGGGCUGUCGAAUCCUCGAGUUGCCAGAGUAUGCUGGACGACAAGAUACAGCCGAUCGACGAGACCAAGAUUGCUUCCGUCAAGACAUCCACCGAGCAACAGUUGAAUGUGUACAAGGAACGCGGCUUGAAACAAAUUGCUCAAGGUCGUGUCGCUGUAUUGUUGUUGGCAGGUGGUCAAGGCACGCGUCUAGGAGUUAGCUAUCCCAAGGGAAUGUACAACGUCGAGUUGCCCUCGCAGAAAACCCUCUUCCAAUUGCAGGCGGACAGAAUACUCCGUCUGCAACAUAUGGCGCGACAACAGUACGGAGGAUGUGGAGAAAUCACUUGGUAUAUCCUUACCAGCGAAGCCACUCAUCACGCCACCGUUGAAUACCUAACUAAAUGCCACUAUCUUGGCUUGAAAGAGAAAAAUGUGAAAAUCUUCAAACAGGGUAUGUUACCGUGUUUCACUUUCGACGGGAAAAUGAUUUUCGAUGCGAAGCAUCGUAUCUCCAAGGCCCCCGACGGAAACGGAGGAGUGUAUCGUGCCUUGAAGAAUGAAGGAAUAUUGGCCGACAUGGUACUACGUGGUAUUCAAAGUAUUCACGCACAUUCCGUGGACAACAUCUUGGUGAAAGUAGCCGAUCCUAUAUUCAUAGGAUACUGCCUGAUGUCUGAAACCGACUGCGGGGUUAAAGUUAUCGAAAAGUCUUGUCCGUCUGAAGCCGUUGGCGUAGUAUGCAAGGUGGAGAAUCACUAUCGAGUGGUUGAAUAUAGCGAGAUAACAAAAGAGACUGCGGAGCUUCGACGCGCCAAUGGACAACUGGUAUACGAUGCUGCUAAUAUAUGCAACCACUAUUUUACAAUCGACUUUCUUAAGGACGUCGGAGAUGUUUACGAGAAAUCGUUGCCUCUGCACGUGGCGAAGAAGAAAAUCCCGUAUGUUAAUGACGAUGGAGAAAGAAUCGUUCCAGAAAUUCCCAACGGCAUCAAGAUAGAAAAAUUUGUGUUCGACGUGUUUCCCUUCGCAAAGAAUUUCGCGGUGUGGCAGGGAAGGCGCGAGGAGGAGUUCAGUCCUCUGAAAAAUUCGAGUUCCGCUGGCCAAGACUGCCCGAGCACCGCCCGCGCAGAUUUGCUCAAUUUACACAAAAAGUGGUUGCUAGAGGCAGGUGCGAGAGACGUCGGGGACGAUGUCGAGAUCUCGUCUUUGCGUUCAUACGCAGGAGAAAAUUUGUCUCACAUUGCCAACAAAUCUUUCUCAGGACCAGAAAUCAUUCUCCCUAGUCCUAGUAUGGACUUUGAGUAAUAAGGAAAUUUCGAUAUUAAUAUUUGCCUUUAUUCCACGACGAGACUGGUCUGAUGAUGAGAUGAAAUAAAAGGGAAAGGAUACCGAGAUCAAAGAUUGUAUAUAGUGUAAAUCGAGAAAUAACUAGGCGUACAAUUUGGCUGUAUAAAUUCGAGUGUAAUCUGGCAAUAUUAUUACAAGUAUUGCGACCGUCGCAUUUUUAUAUACAUUGUUAUCACGUGUGUAUGGAAUAAAACUAUCAAGUAUACCAGUAAUAAAUCCUGUUAUAAGCACACAA